AGGGAGAUGAAGAGAGACAGAGAGAGAGAGCGAGAGAGAGAAGCAACUUUGUUCCCAGGCGUUGUUGCGCGCCUCCGCUGGCGUGGCGCGCUAACAGAGACGCAUUUAGCAGUCAUGGUUGAUCAGUGUUUCUUUCAUCCUCUGCGGCGCAUUAGUGACGGCAAACAUGCACGAUCGGACCGAAAGAAAUAAAAGGUGCACUGCGUGUGCUCUGUGACCGCAUCUUCAUCAAUGCAUAUGAGAUGAUACUGAGGAUACCGUAGCUGGAUGGUGAGCGUGGCCAUCACUGCAGGAAAAUGCAUCUUUGGAUUACAUAUGCUUUGUUAAGUGCGACCUCGAUUUGCACUGUUGAGAUGUUUGGCGCUUACGGGGACAUAUGUCAGCGACUGUGCGCCUGCGAGGAACGAGAGGGGUUGCUCACAGUGAGUUGUGAGAACAGAGGGAUUGGAAGACUCUCGGAUAUAAACCCCCCACACUACUCCCAGUAUCAUCUGCUGCUCACGGGGAAUCUUCUGAAAAAGCUAUCUGCCAAUGACUUUGUUGAGUACAAUGGCCUCACCAUAUUACAUCUGGGCAAUAAUGACAUAGCUGAGGUCGAAGCAGGAGCUUUUAAUGGACUUCAAGGAUUAAAACGAUUACAUUUCAAUAAUAACAAAAUUGAUGCCUUGAGGGAGGAAAUUUUCUUUGGCCUGGAAAGUCUUGAGUAUCUGCAGAUUGAUUAUAAUUAUAUCACUCACGUGGCACCUAAUGCCUUCAGCAAGCUUCGCCAUCUGGAGGUCCUGAUUCUAAACGACAACUUAAUAUCAACUCUGCCCAUGAACAUUUUCCAGCAUGUCCCACUGACUCAUUUGGACUUGAGGGGAAACCAGCUGAAAGUGCUUCCUUACUCAGGUCUGCUGGAACACAUGAGCAGCGUUGUGGAGUUGCAACUGGAGGAGAAUCCGUGGAACUGCUCUUGCGAGCUGAUUGCCCUUAAGACAUGGCUCGAGAGCAUCUCGUACACGGCUUUAGUUGGCGAUGUCAUCUGCGAGUUCCCUUUCAGGCUUCACGGGCGGGAUCUUGAUGAGGUAUCCAAACAAGAACUGUGUCCGAGGAGAGCCAUCGCUGAAUAUGAAAUGCCGCCCUUGCCGCAUUUGAGCACCGAUGCAUACUAUAGGACCAUGCCAGCUCUCGUUCCAGCCGCCUUCACCUCCUCUGGGAUUGCGCGGUCAUCAUCAAGACCUACCAAGGGACCAGGCCAAUCAGGCAAAUUAAAAUCAAGGCCCACUGCUCGCAUCGCACCUAAUAAACCACAAAAUUACAGUCAAAUAAUUUCAUAUCAGACCAAAUCCCCUGUGCCUUUAGAUUGUCCAAGUGCCUGCACUUGCAAUCUUCAAAUUUCAGACCUGGGCUUGAACGUGAAUUGCCAAGAACGAAAGAUUGAGCGCAUCUCCGAUUUAAAUCCAAAACCAUACAAUCCCAAAAAGAUGUACCUCACUGGGAACUAUAUCCCGGUGGUGCGUAGAUCUGAUUUUAUUGAUGCAACUGGCUUAGAUUUGCUUCAUCUUGGCAACAAUCGAAUAGCUCGCAUACAUGACAGAGCGUUUGGAGAUUUGGCACACCUAAGAAGAUUGUACCUAAAUGGAAAUCUGAUUGAUCGUCUUACAGCUGAUGUGUUUUAUGGACUGGAGAGCCUACAGUUCUUAUAUUUAGAAUACAAUGUCAUUAAAGAGGUUGCCACUGACACCUUUCAGCAUGUAAAGAACCUUCAGCUUCUUUUUCUGAACAAUAACCUCUUGAAAACUUUACCUGAAGGGAUAUUCAAUGGGGUGACAUUGGCCCGGCUCAACCUUCGCAAUAACCACCUGCGACAUCUACCUGUCAGAGGCGUGCUCGAUCAGCUCACCGCCUUGGUGCAAGUGGAUUUAUUCGAAAAUCCCUGGGAUUGCUCUUGCAGCAUACUCGAUUUGAAGAUGUGGCUGGAGCAGCUAAGCACGGGCACUGUUGUAAACAAUGUCAUAUGUGGCUCACCGAAAAAGCUAGCCGGGGAGGAUAUGAGAUACAUUAAGACGUCUAAUUUCUGCCCCAAUAACUCAGAUACACUCGCAUCUGUGAUCCCAACCUCGGAAGAAUCUUUCCCUGGUAGCACUAUCAUCAUAGAAACAUCUUUGGACUCUGACACACAAUAUAGCACCAUUCCCUUAUCUGUGAUGAUUCUUACCCUUCUCCUCAUGUUCAUCGUGUCUGUAUUUGUGGCAGCGGGAUUAUUUGUGGCAGUGAAAAAGAGACGCCAAAAGACUCAAAAUGAGCAGAACAACUCCAUGAAUGCUUGCAUUAGCUCUCUUAAUAUGGAAUACGGCCUUUACAAAAAGGGAUCUAUUCCUAAAGUCAGAACAGCUGCCGGACAUGUGUAUGAGUAUAUUCCGUCUCCCAUGGAACUGCCAUGCAGAACUAAUGCAGACUCUUCAGGCAACAGAAAAUCGGCGGAUGGAUUCAGAGAGUUUGACGAGCUGUGUGGAGCAUUCCCGGGCAACUCAGAUGAAGAGGCAGCCAGUAAUGUGUUAAGCUCAGAAUACAGUGCUACCACUCCCAAGCCUCUGAAGAAGCCAUCCACGCCUCCGCGAGAAGAUCAGUGUUACUACAGAGAGCCGCUUGAGCCUGACAAGCACAGGCACUCCAGCAGCAGUUUACCGUACAGGCAUACGGCUCACUCGUCUGGCCAGUAUACCUCAGAUUUUGAUGCAAGGCAUCAAUGUGUGCACCCAGAGGCAAUACAACAGACAAUACUCUACUGUACAGCACCGAGUACUGUUUAUGUGGAGCCCAACAGGAGUGAGUACUGGGAACUGAAGGCAAAACUUCAUCUGGAUCCAGAUUACCUUGAGGUUCUUGAGAAACGAACAACCUUUACACAGUUUUAAGAGACUUCAUACCUCGAGGGUUGAUUCACUCCAGACUGGUCCUGAAAACAUCUCCCAUUGAUGCUUUGUUAGAACCUCUUUCCAUGCACAUGGAAGGUAUCCACCCAUGUCUGUACGUAUGUGUUCUGUGGAGAAAUAUUUGUCAUGCAUUUGUGAAUGUCAACAAAACUAAUGCUGACUUUACUCUAACCCCAGUCACAAGCAAGGUCAGGUCAAGUCUAGGGGCACAUCAGUACC